AUGUUUGCCCAAAGAGCCUCUUCGGCAUUGCGUGCCUCUGUGUCCCACGCUGCUGUGGCGUCCAGAUACUCUGGCGUCACUGCUCCUUUCCUUGCCUCUAGAGUCUCCCUUACUAUGGCUAGACUCUACUCCUCCAAGUUCCCAGACCACACUGUCAUCCACAUGCCUGCUUUGUCGCCUACCAUGACUCAGGGUGGUAUUAUGCUGUGGAGCAAGAAUGUUGGUGACGAAUUGGCCCCAGGUGAGCCCAUUGCCGAGAUCGAGACCGACAAGGCCUCUAUGGAUUUUGAGUUCCAGGAGGAGGGCUACUUGGCUAAGAUUUUAGUCGACGCUGGUGCCCAGGACGUUCCUGUUGGUAAGCCUAUUGCUGUGUAUGUUGAGGAAGCUAGUGAUGUUCCUGCUUUCGAAGGCUUCACUGCUGAAGACGCCGGUGAGGGUCCUGCUCCUCCAAAGGAGGAGGCUAAGGAAGAGCCUAAGGAGGAGGCCAAGGAGGAGCCAAAGAAGGAAGCUGCUCCAAAGAAGGAAGAAGCUUCUAAGAAGGAGUCUGCUCCAACUAAGGCUCCUGCUGGCAGAAUCUUUGCAUCUCCAUUGGCCAAGACUAUCGCUUUGGACAGAGGUAUUGCUUUGAAGAACAUCAAGGGUUCCGGUCCUAACGGUAGAAUUGUUGCCAAGGAUGUUGAGGCUUACAAGGCUCCAGCCACCGAGACCUCGUCUCCUGCCGCUGCUGCUGCCACCGCUCCAGCUUCUUACGAAGACAUUCCUCUUACUGGUAUGAGAAAGACAAUUGCUUCCAGAUUGUUGCAAUCUACCCAGCAGUCACCUACAUACAUCAUUCAGUCGCAGCUCAAUGUCACCAAGUUGUUGAAAUUGCGCCAAUCGCUUAACGCUACCGCCGAGGACAGAUACAAGUUGUCUGUGAACGACUUGUUGAUCAAGGCCGUGGCCUUGGCUUCCUUGAGAGUUCCACAAGCUAACUCUGCUUGGUUGGCCGAUGAGGGCGUCAUCAGACAGUACAACAACGUUGACGUUUCCGUCGCCGUCGCUACCCCAACUGGUUUGAUCACCCCAAUCGUGAAGAACGCACACAGCAGAGGCUUGGCUGCCAUCUCUAAGGAGAUCAAGGAGUUGGGCAAGAAGGCUAAGGCCGGUAAGUUGGCUCCUGAGGAGUACCAGGGCGGUACUAUCUGCAUUUCCAACUUGGGCAUGAACAAUGCUGUCAACGCCUUCACUUCUAUCAUCAACCCACCUCAAUCCGCCAUUGUCGCUAUUGGUACUACCGACAAGAAGGCCGUCCCAAGCGCCGUUAAUGAACAAGGUUUCGUCUUUGAGGAUGUCAUCACCAUCACUGGUACUUUCGACCACAGAGUGAUCGAUGGAGCCGUCGGUGGUGAAUGGGUCCGUGAAUUGAAGAAGAUUGUCGAGAACCCAUUGGAGUUCUUGAUCUAA